AUGGAUAUUCACAAUAGGAAUAAAUUGUUACUCGAUCUUAAAACGAGCUUAUUUCUCCCUCCCUUCAAUGAAGAAUUGUAUUCAACCUGCACCACAGAUCAUCAGAAAUCGAUCAAAGAAAUCUAAGAAAUUUAUAAACUUCGUAAUGAUCCAGAAUUAGCCGAUAAGAUUAAACCCAUCAUCCAAUUAAAAAUAAAGGAUGUGGAAAGAACUAAAAGGGUUCAAUUAGCAUAUUUAAUGCAUAGAAUUAACAAAAUAUAGUCUUAGUACUUUGUGGAUUCUGGUCAAUUGAGUAGUGAUCAUAUCGAUCAGCUUUCCAAAAAUGAAAAGGAUUACUAUAAAUUUUUUGAUCAAUUAGUCAAAAAGUAUGAAAAUGACAUAGAGACCAAAGUUAGUUAAAAUAUAUUGCCGCCAUCAGAAGUAUUUAUUGAAGUGAGAGUGAUAAAAUAAAUUGGAAAUAUCAUUACACAAGAUGGGGAUGAACUUGAUUUAGAAGAAGGAACACAAUAAUUAGUGAAGAAAUCAGAUGUUAUCAAAUUUCUUUAAGAAGGCUCUCUUGUUUAAAUAUGA